AUGUACUCGACCGACAGUGUUAAGAAUAUUCUUCUGAAAAUGGCCCAAGUUUUUUGGAUAAUCGCACUCGUUGCUUUGGUUGGACCUUCAGCUGCUCUCGACUGUGUCCAAAUCCCCAAAGAUCAAAUCAUUCCGCGUCAUUUCGUGACGAUUCCAGCUGGAUCCAAUGAUACCGUUGAAAUUCCACCAAAUUACAGCUGCACUUAUUUGGUAACUGUACCACCAAUGGUAUACGCUCAUGUCAGACUGGAGAAUGGAUUGGAAGGAAAUAACGAUAUGAUUACUGUAAUUGAUCAACAAGCAACUAGAACUCUUGUGGCUAGUCGUUCCUCAAAGAUUCUCAACUUCUAUGUCUUCCCAAACACAACUACAACAUUCCAAGUUGUGACGAAAAGUGUCAACAUGCAUUCCAAAUUCAGACUGGUCAUCUUCUACCAAAAUAUGCUUAAUCCAAAUGUUACUUACUUGGGUAACUCAGAUUUGAAGUACUUCACCUUGAAUGAUUUGCAAGUUAAUUCAUACAAAAAUCCACAGACAAUGAUUGGAACUGAACAGAUUUCAAUGGCGAUUGCUCAUUCCGGAUGGGAUGCUGACAUCUUUGAUAACUAUUUUGUGAUUGAUGGAGACUUUGAAAAUCCAAAAUACGUGUACAGAAUGUCUCGAUUCCAGUAUUCAAACUAUAUCAGCACUGGAAAUAAAUUGACAGUUGUCGGAUUGGAUAACAGAGUUUCCGAGAGUUCAGUUGUCUUCACACCUCUGUCUCAAGCUCAACAAUUUGAUUCAUUGACUGCAUUUGGAACAUAUUUUGAAGCAAAUCAAUUGGAUAUCAAUGGAAAAGAUGGAAACAAAAAGAGAAGUGCAGUCAAUGUGAUUGGAAUGAAAGACUACACAAGAAUCCUUUCAGUUGAAAAAAGUUCUGAUCCUAAUUGCGUCUUGAAAGCGGUCGGAGCUCCUCCAAGCAGUUCAUCUGAAGUCUAUCUUGACUUCUCGACUGUCACCAGUUUUCCAAGAAACAUCACUCAUCAAUCUUUCUCUAUUAUUGCUGAAAACUGUUCAGCCUCAUUCAAAUUGGUUUCACUUGAGUAUUAA